UAGAGGCGCUGGGGAGAAAGCUGGGGCUUGGAGCUGGGCGGAUGCGGCAGCGGAGGAGGGCAGUUGGGGAAAGGCUACUCCAACUGUUGAAUUGAAUUUUCACCCUUGCUUUCCUCCGGUGCUUUGCUUGUGGAGAUGGAAUUAUUUGCCUUCAAACCCACACGCCUUUCUCAGACUGUGAGCUGAACCUGACAGACACCAGAUUGAAAGAGACCACCCGUGACAGAAAAGGAAGGGGGGAGGACCCCCACACACACCACACAACGGACUGCUCAAUUAACUAUGCAAACCCGUGCUGGACUUUGUGAAUAAAGAACAUUGAGAGAAAACCUCUGAGCUGUGCUGCUGGACUAAGCUAUGAACAGUCACUGGAAUCCCGAUUUCCCCCCUGAGACUCUGAAAGAUUUUUGGGGGGUGUCUCACGUCUAACCCAGAGGAAAGGUGGCUUCUUCUUCUUUUUUUUUUAAAGAUAAAUAAAUACAUCUAACAAAACAGACGUCUUGUUUUCCAGAGCCUCGGACUCCCGGCAGAAAGAGGUAGAGUAAAAGUGCUCCUGGAUUCAGCUUCACGUCCCUCCUCUGUCCUCCUCCCUCUCUUUUCUCUCGCUUUUUCUUGUUCUCCAAAACAUGAAUCUGGCUUGCAUUUCUAUAGCGUGAGUCAGAGAAAACGUUAAGAAGAAGCCGCAACUAAUGUGUGUGAAGGGAGGACCCUGAGGCGACAGUGGAUACGAUUCGUUCCGCUGCUUCUGACUCAUUGGGCAGAUCAGAACACCUGCAUUUCUGGAUGUGUCAUUCCCGUUUGCCCAGGCGCCUCGAGAACCCGAAAUAAUCUUCACCGGUGCCCAACAUCCCCUGGAAGGUAGCUGAACUGCCGUGGCCGCAGCUCCUCAGCCACCCACCCACCCCCACCUCCACCACCCUCCCGGAGUCGCCCAGAGAGACUGUGUAUGAGCGAGACUGCAGAAUGCAUCACGCCAAACCUUGAUGUGAUUCUUUCAUUCAAGCCCACUCCUCCUUUCCUACUACUACUUAAAAAGAAAAAAAAAUUGAAAGAAAAAAAAUCCGCACUUUAUUCGCUUCAAAUAUUCACCACUUUAUUCCACGCCAAGGCUUUCCUUUCUAGAUGAAGAGGACUGGGAGGCAGGGCCAUUGGAAAGAGAUGCUGAAUAGAAAGAAAAGAGAGGCACUUGACAGCCCAGCCCUGUGAAUGCAGAGACUGUUUCCCUUCUAGCGAGAGACAGGGAGAGAGAGAAAGAGAGCUAGGACUGGGAGGGUGGAUCCCCCCUCCCUCCCACCUUUUUUUAUUUCUCCUCCUCCCUCUCCCUUUCUAAUCUGCACAUCCAACCAUGAGUUGCCUGUUGAUUUGCUUUCGCCUAGCAAGAGAAGCAAAGUGGGAUUAAACUGCAUCGAGAGAAGAAGUCCUUGCUCGCGGGGAGAUCAUGGGAAUGGGAUGUUAGCGGCUUCUGGCUUUUGCUCUAAGGAAAUCACAGAGUGUGCGCUCUACCGACCGAGGCGGAGAAAUAUCUAUAUAUCUCCCCCCUCCCUUCCCAACAGAUUCACACCGCAAACGCUCAUCAGGCUGUGACUCUCCUGACUUCGGGGGGGGGGGGGGGAGCUUUUUUUUUUUUUCCGAGGAAGAGGGAGGAGCCUGCUAGAGGGAGGAAACUACAAAUCGGGACACUAGUUCUGUGCGCUGCAUUUCCUCCCCUCCCUUUGACUGCUCGGAAAGGAGGAGAGGGAGAGGGAGAGGGAGAGAGAGAGAGAGAGAGAGCGCGAGCGAGCAAAUACGCUUGGCUGGGAAAUGCAGUCCGCCGCCGCCAAUGCUUCAACCAGCAAUGUAAGAUUAGAUCUCUACUAAAUGCAGCAAAACACCGCCUGAAAACAGACCAGCCCGCGAAGCCCGCAGGCAUCUUACGGAGGGGGGGGGGCUCUCUCUCCGUCGCUUCUUACCCGGCCCCUCACCCCCACCCCCACUUCAGCAAUUUCAUUCCUGGAGACUAGGAAACAAGUAAGGAUUUCACUUUCAGAUCUGCCUAGAGACACACCUCCCAGCUCCCUCCCCCACUGGCUGUGAAGAGUAUUCAGGAGGCGGCCGGCGGGAGUGGAUUUGCGGCGCCCUAGCGGGAGCGAGGAAAAGCUCGGGAUUCUUCAGCUCAUUACCAUUCCUGCUCGAAGCCAUUCCCAUCGAAUAGCCGGCCUCGUCGCUCAAGUUUGAGUCGCCCGGAGUCCGGGCGGGAGAGAGAGACAACCCCCCCACCCCAGCCCCUAGUCCCCACCCCACCCCCCCGCCGCAGGAGCGGCCACCUGGCUCCUUGGCCCCUGCAGCUCCUCUGAGCCGCUGCCUCUCGCCCGGUGCGGAUGCUGUAGAUCAACAGGUUCGGGGGAACUUGAGCGGAAUCAGCCGAGACCGCCGGGUGCCGCAGCCCGGGGCGGGAGCCGAGGGCAGAAAGGACCCGGAGACUUGUGGCUCGCUGGCUCGCUCGCUCGCCCGCUCUGCGCGGGGGCCCAGGCUGGCGCGCACCCACCGGCUCGCCUCUCCAGUCCGGCUGCCUCUGUUUCCACCGCACCGGGCUGGGAUGUACCUUUCCAUCUGUUGCUGUUUCCUCCUUUGGGCUCCUGCCCUGACUCUCAAAAACCUCAACUAUUCGGUGCCGGAGGAACAAGGGGCCGGCACGGUGAUCGGCAACAUCGGCAAGGAUGCUCGACUGCAGCCCGGGCUUCCACCCGCAGAGCGGGGCGGUGGCGGCGGCGGGCGGAGUAAGUCAGGCAGCUACCGGGUGCUGGAGAACUCCGCGCCGCACCUGCUGGACGUGGACGCGGACAGCGGGCUCCUCUACACCAAGCAGCGCAUCGACCGCGAGUCCCUGUGCCGCCACAACGCCAAGUGCCAGCUGUCACUCGAGGUGUUCGCCAACGACAAGGAGAUCUGCAUGAUCAAGGUGGAGAUCCAGGACAUCAACGACAAUGCUCCAUCCUUCCCCUCGGACCAGAUCGAGAUGGAUAUCUCGGAGAACGCCGCCCCGGGCACCCGCUUCCCUCUCACCAGCGCCCACGACCCCGACGCGGGGGAGAACGGGCUCCGCACCUAUCUGCUCACCCGCGACGACCACGGCCUUUUCGCCCUGGACGUCAAGUCCCGGGGCGACGGCACCAAGUUCCCGGAGCUGGUCAUCCAGAAGGCGCUGGACCGCGAGCAGCAGAACCACCACACGCUCGUGCUGACCGCCCUGGAUGGCGGGGAGCCUCCGCGCUCCGCCACCGUGCAGAUCAACGUCAAGGUGAUCGACUCCAACGACAACAGCCCGGUCUUCGAGGAUCCCUCUUACCUGGUGGAACUCCCCGAGAACGCCCCUCUGGGCACCAUAGUCAUCGAUUUGAACGCCACCGAUGCCGACGAGGGUCCUAAUGGCGAAGUGAUCUAUUCCUUCAGCAGCUACGUGCCAGACCGCGUGCGGGAGCUCUUCUCCAUCGAUCCCAAGACCGGCCUGAUCCGUGUCAAGGGUAACCUGGACUACGAAGAAAACGGGAUGCUGGAGAUAGACGUGCAGGCCAGAGACUUGGGGCCCAACCCCAUCCCGGCCCACUGCAAGGUCACAGUCAAGCUCAUCGACCGCAACGACAACGCGCCGUCCAUCGGUUUUGUCUCCGUGCGCCAGGGGGCGCUGAGCGAGGCCGCCCCUCCUGGCACCGUCAUAGCCUUGGUCCGGGUCACAGACCGUGACUCUGGCAAGAACGGACAGUUGCAAUGCCGGGUCCUGGGCGGAGGGGGCACCGGCGGCAGCAGCGGCGGCGGGGGCCUGGGCGGGCCCGGGGGUCCCGUGCCCUUCAAGCUGGAGGAGAACUACGACAACUUCUACACGGUGGUGACCGACCGCCCGCUGGACCGCGAGACGCAGGACGAGUACAACGUGACGAUCGUGGCGCGGGACGGGGGUUCGCCCCCGCUCAACUCCACCAAGUCUUUCGCCGUCAAGAUUCUGGACGAAAACGACAACCCGCCGCGGUUCACCAAGGCGCUGUACGUGCUGCAGGUGCACGAGAACAACAUCCCGGGAGAGUAUCUGGGCUCCGUGCUCGCCCAGGACCCUGACCUGGGCCAGAAUGGCACCGUGUCCUACUCCAUCCUGCCCUCGCACAUCGGCGAUGUGUCCAUCUACACCUACGUGUCUGUGAACCCCACCAAUGGGGCUAUCUACGCCCUGCGCUCCUUUAACUAUGAGCAGACUAAGGCUUUUGAAUUCAAGGUGCUGGCGAAGGACUCCGGGGCGCCCGCGCACUUGGAGAGCAACGCCACGGUGAGAGUGACAGUCUUAGACGUGAAUGACAACGCUCCGGUGAUCGUGCUGCCCACGCUGCAGAACGACACGGCCGAGCUGCAGGUGCCACGCAACGCGGGGCUGGGCUACCUGGUGAGCACCGUGCGCGCCCUGGACAGUGAUUUUGGCGAGAGCGGGCGCCUCACCUACGAAAUCGUAGAUGGCAAUGACGACCACCUGUUUGAAAUCGACCCGUCCAGCGGCGAGAUCCGCACAGUCCACCCCUUCUGGGAAGACGUGACGCCGGUGGCGGAGCUCGUGGUGAAGGUGACUGACCAUGGCAAGCCAACCCUGUCGGCAGUGGCCAAGCUCAUCAUCCGCUCCGUCAGCGGCUCCUUGCCCGAGGGGGUCCCCCGGGUGAAUGGCGAGCAGCACCACUGGGACAUGUCGCUGCCGCUCAUAGUGACUCUGAGCACCAUCUCCAUUAUCCUCCUGGCCGCUAUGAUCACCAUCGCGGUGAAAUGCAAGCGUGAGAACAAGGAAAUCCGCACUUACAACUGCCGCAUAGCCGAGUACAGCCACCCCCAGCUGGGCGGGGGCAAGGGCAAGAAAAAGAAGAUCAAUAAAAAUGAUAUUAUGCUAGUGCAGAGCGAAGUGGAGGAGAGGAACGCCAUGAACGUCAUGAACGUGGUGAGCAGCCCUUCCCUGGCCACCUCCCCCAUGUACUUCGACUACCAGACCCGCCUGCCCCUGAGUUCGCCGCGGUCGGAGGUGAUGUACCUCAAACCGGCCUCCAACAACCUGACUGUCCCGCAGGGGCACGCGGGCUGCCACACCAGCUUCACUGGACAAGGGACUAAUGCCAGUGAGACCCCGGCCACUCGGAUGUCCAUAAUCCAGACAGACAAUUUUCCCGCAGAGCCCAAUUACAUGGGCAGCAGGCAGCAGUUUGUUCAAAGUAGCUCCACGUUUAAGGACCCAGAAAGAGCCAGCCUGAGAGACAGUGGGCACGGGGACAGUGAUCAGGCUGACAGUGACCAAGACACUAACAAAGGCUCCUGCUGUGACAUGUCUGUUAGGGAGGCACUCAAGAUGAAAACUACUUCAACUAAAAGCCAACCACUUGAACAAGAACCAGAAGAGUGUGUUAAUUGCACAGAUGAAUGCCGAGUGCUUGGUCAUUCUGACAGGUGUUGGAUGCCACAGUUCCCUGCAGCCAAUCAGGCUGAAAAUGCAGAUUACCGCACAAAUCUCUUUGUACCCACAGUGGAAGCUAAUGUUGAGACUGAGACUUACGAAACUGUGAACCCCACUGGGAAAAAGACUUUUUGUACAUUUGGAAAAGACAAGCGAGAGCAUACUAUUCUCAUUGCCAAUGUUAAACCUUAUUUAAAAGCCAAACGUGCCCUGAGCCCUCUCCUCCAGGAGGUACCCUCAGCAUCAAGCAGCCCAACCAAGGCUUGCAUGGAGCCUUGCACCUCAACAAAAGGCUCUCUGGAAUGUUGUGAAGCAAAAGCAGGGGCCCUGGCUGAAGCAAGCAGUCAGUACUUACCCACUGACAGUCAGUAUCUGUCUCCCAGUAAGCAAUCAAGAGACCCACCCUUCAUGGCUUCUGAGCAGAUGGCAAGGGUCUUCGCUGAUGUGCAUUCUAGAGCCAGCCGGGAUUCCAGUGAGAUGGGUGCUGUACUUGAGCAGCUUGACCACCCCAACAGGGAUCUGGGCCCAGAGUCUGUGGAUGCGGAGGAAGUUGUGAGAGAAAUUGAUAAGCUUUUGCAGGACUGCCGGGGAAAUGACCCUGUUGCUGUGAGAAAGUGAGGGGGGGGGGAGAAAAAGAAAGAAAGAAAGCAUUGGCAUUUUCUUUUCUCUUCUGAUGAUUUAAAAAUGAUCCUUCCUGGUGACAACCCAUUUUAUAGGGAUGAAGAAAGACCAAUGCUACUUUAAGGCUUUUAGUUAACAUCUGAAGUGCCCACUGCUGUUUCUUUUUCAGAGAUAACAAUGGUUUUGUUUCGACCAAACUUACAUUAGGACAGAAUUAAUAAUGCUCAAAGAGGGGAAAAAAUUAAAAAGAUAGGGGGGGAGGGAGGAGAAAAAGGAAAAUGAGAUGUUACCUUUUGACAAUCUGUUAGAAAGGUAUGCAGUAUGAGAACUGAAGUGUUUCCAAACGCUCUAAGACUGUCCUCUGUGGUUUAUGCUGACUUAACUGUUUACCUAUAAACCCAUACAAAGCAGGGUCAUAAUUUGUGAUCUGUGGUGGACUUCUAGCGGUCAUCACAGGUUUCAACUGACAGUCCCGAAAAGACCUUGCAGUAGUCCAAGCUACACCAAACAUUAACACAUAUUUGUGGUAAACAUUUCUGUAUAAAGUUACCUGCCACACAUAUAAACAAAAAGAACAUUCCAUAUCAUUAGUCGAAAAAAUACAAAUUUUUUAAAACUUAGUCAUUUGUAAGACACUUCAUGUCGUAUAAAAUUUAAAUGUAAAAAGAUAUAGUCCAUUUUGUCCUGCACACACAUAAACUAAUUCACUUCAUUACAAGAGAAGAAAAUUUACAGUUUUAAAAUGCCUCUUUAGCAUUUUAGUGUCCAACAAACAUAAAAAUGAUGGAUGUGUUUUUUUAUUUGACAUAGAAGAAUUUUUUUUUUUUUAAAGUAGUUACCAUUGGGUGAUAACAUUCAGAGAAAAUUAACAAGAUUACUAGGUUUUAUUUUGUGGACACUAAAAUAGCUCAGGAAAGUGAAAAUGUCUUAGACAUACACAAAUCACAUGACCAUUUAAGUGUGCAAAUAUAAGAAGAUUCAAUGUGUUUACAUCAAAUGACAUAUUUUUAUUGAUUUAUUUCAGAUUCAGUGCAUAUGAGCCAAAUUGUUGAGUGUAUAAGAGCUAUAUUGUGUAUUUUAUUAAAUUAAUAUAUAGUUGUGUUGCAAAAAUAUUUGGGCUUAUAUUGUAAAUGGCAAGUGUUGCCUCGGUAGCUGUCGAACUCUAUGAGUUUUGUUUUUUCCUGCUUCCUUUUCCCCAUGGAAAGUGGAAAGCAGUGCCUCAGAGCAAAGUCUCUUGUUUAAUGUAUAGUCUACCAAGUACUACAGUACAUAAUCUGUUCAAAAUGUGUUUGAGUGAGCUGAUGGAGCUAACUGAAAGGUCAGAAAAUACACCCUUGGUCAUGGUUAUGUGCAAGUCCUUGUAGAAGCUUUUGUUAAAGUCACGCUAAAUCACAAGAAUUACAUUUGUACCAAUACAUGAAAUGUCAUGUUUUUUCAAUAACAUACAGCUUCUGCCUAUGUAGAUAUCAUGCUGUUGAUUGAUUCUCAAAAGUAUCCUAAGUGGUUCAAGAUGUGUGUUUUCAUUAUAUUUCAAAACCAUGAAAAAUGCUUUAAUGCAUGUAUGGUGCCAGCACUGGUUACUUACAUUGUGUGGUGUUUUUCAAGAGGCUGGGUCUUCUCAAAAUGUUUUUUCUUUCUCUCAGUGAUCUAUCUUCUGCUUCUUUUUAUUGGUGUCCUUUGAAACAAUAUACCUUUGAUUCCUUCAUUUGGCUGUACCUUUUCUUGUGACAUUUAGCAAGUUUCAAACUUAAUUCCAUGUGAGGCUAGGAAACCUAAAAUUUUAGCAAUUGGGAAAAAUAAAAUUAGCACUUGCAGAAGUAGCAGCAGAUGGGAAAAUGCCUUGAUUGACAUUUCCUUUCAGUGUUUAAUUUUUAAUUUUUUUUUUGGGGGGGGGGAUUUUACAGCUUCAUGACAAACAGUUUCCAGCCCAUACCUUAGAAAACGUGGUGCUGAGUUAAAUAAAGGCUGUUUGUGCGUUGAAGCAGAAAAAUGUAUUACUGAUAUUUGCAAACUGGUAGAGAAUUCUGUGCCUUCUUUUCUGGCCCCCAAGCCAGUGUAGAAACAGCAUAAAUGUUGUAAAAUCCUUAUAUUGAAAACAAAACAAAAACAAAGCAAAACAAUCAUUGAACUGAAUUAAAUCUUGUAGAUUUAAACCUCAAAAAAAUUCUACUGAAACUAUACCUGUCAAAUGCUGUCAAGAUUUUUAGACUGUACCUCGUUUGCAAAACUGCUUUGAAAGGGAAGUGUGGACAACUCCCAUCAGCCUUAUUCUCUUGAGAACUGUAUUUGGUUCCUAGUAACAGCCUUUCCAAAGCUCUACUUUUGGUUCUUAUUAUUCGUAAAUGUUUAAAUUAGAAAAGAGAGGAUCUUGUACAUAUGGAACCUAAUUGACUCUAUAUUUUGGACAAUUUAUGUAUCUGAAAUGUGUUGUCGCUGUUAUUUGAUGUUAAUUUUUUGCCAGGAGACUACAGGUUGAUUUAACGUGAUAGCUGAAAUUUGUUAGAAAACAGAUUUCCAUUUAGUCCUACCAAGUGUUGCCUCUCUCUUACUAGACAGAUAGCCACUUUGUAAAAACUAAGACCGUACGUAAAGGAAAUCCAGAGAGUAAGGUUUAUCUUUAAAGCAUUCUUAACAUUGAGUAGCCAGUUGUUCCAUUUAUUAUGUGCCUAAAGACAUUAAAACACUAUUAGAUUUUAAGAAUUGGUUGUGCCAAUGUGUGAGGGAUUUACCCUUCAGCUCUCUGUCACCAGUGAUUUACUAGUGUUAACUGUUUAACACAUUGUCUGUGUUUUAGUAGUGAUUAUUUAUUUACAAGUUGUUGGUAAUUCAGCAGUCAGGACUCUAAGCUUUUAUUGUUGAGUUGGGGGAAUUUUGCUCUUAUUCAUUUGGCUGGCAACUGCCUUUAUCACAGACCUCUGGUGCUUGACUUCCAAGGAAGCCUAUAUGAGAUGCCAUAAUUACUCUUUGGGGAACAACUUGAUCUCAAAGGUGAUGCAUGAUAAGCCAGUGUGAUAGUUUCAGAGGGUUUAGCAAAAUUCAAAAUGUGAAAAAAAAAGUCUUAGUUCACAUCCUCCAACCACUAACCCUUCAGAAAAUCCUAUACAUUCAAAACAAAUAGCUUGAGUUUUUUUUCUUUCAGGUUCUUAAAAACUGAAGUCAAGCACAGAAUAAUUCACUGAAGUUUAAGAAAGAGAAAGUUCUAAAAAAAAGUUUUUUACUGAUAAAAAGUCCAUAAUGAAACACUUUUUGUUAAAUAUUAUUGAUAAAAGUGAUUUCCAUCAAAGCUGUCAGAAUCAGUGUUAGUCAAACUAUACCAAAGUAAACAUUAAAGAGAUAUGUUAUGCAAUUUCAAAGAAUAUUUUCACAUUACUUCUAACCUAACAUACUUGUCCUUAUUGCAAGUAAUAUAUAAAGAUCUCAUGACUUAAAUUAAUUGAGUUACUGGUUAGAAAAUUAAUUUGUUUUGCUUUUCUAAAUUAGCUGAGAUCUUGUAAAUGAUGGUUUCCUUUUAAAAGAAUUUAGGCACUGCUUAAUUUAAAAUAUGACGCCAUAGAAAAAAAAAAAACAUCAUGUAGUAACAGAGCAGUCUACUUUAUUAGAACCAGGUUAAAAGCUAUUUGGUUGCCUAAUGGAGUAGAAGUUACUGAGGUCAACAAGUAGAGUGAGGUCUGGAAAAUUCUAUGCCCACUCAUUACUGUCUAAUUACAUUCUUCUGACAACAGCAUUUAUUAGAGCAUUAAUUCAAAUGAGAGUUUUGGCUAUCAAGAUGUGUUGAUUUGAAAUAGAAUUGAAGGAGACCUGAUUAAAGUCUGUCUUUCCUGGCCCCAGUGUUUUGCAGGUUGACUACCCCCAUUUAUCAGCCCCAUCAUUCCAUAAUGUUCUUAGUUGCACCAAGUGAUUGGUGAACAAGGACAAUAACAAAAGCAGCAUACAUUGUAUGGAUUUAUCUCAACGCUAUUGUUUAAUGGUUGUGUUUAAUGUGACCUAUCUGGAAAAUGAGGACUCCGAAUAAAAAGUUAUUACUAAUA